GCGUGGAUAAGAUGCCCGCCUCUCCGAAGGCAAUCUCGACCCCAAACUCAGCGUCCGCAAGUCAGUGCACCGCCGGCUCGGCCGCUUCAGCGCAGUCUGCAUGCCCUGCACCUCUGCCAUUUAGAACCCGGAUGAGAGGCUGUGACCGCCGGUGCUCUCGCUAAAAGGAUGGCCGUGCUGCGUGCAUGUCCAGUCACCCAACGGCCUCGCCCGCGCAUGAAGCCCGCACCAUCAACUUCUGCUGCGCCUGCAGGCUGAUGGACCGUUCGACAAGCGAUACACCAAUGCGCCAACCUUCCCGCACCGAAUCUGACUUGCGCAAGCUGGUCUCUCGCGCAUCGGCCACUCCAAACGGCACUGUCGCCUCCCUGGCACACUCUCCACUCGCCGAGUACACCUGCCAAGCUCCCAGGAUAUCGCUCUACCAGCGCGCAUUCUUUGAUGGACGCGAACGAGUCAUCACAUUGCUUCUUUCGCCUGCAUCGAGGCUUCGCCGACGGUCGCAUUAAUGUCAUUUCGGGGGACAUAUCACCCAAGGGAACUCACGCUGCUGACAGAACGGAGUCCCCAGAUCACGCCACGGAAGGUUAGGUCACGGGUCGGUGCACUUGCAAGGUAUAAAUGAUGGGGCACGGAGAUGAGAUUCGGCACCUCUCCCCGCCCCUCAUCUCCUCCCUUCCUCCACCGUCCUUCACGAGCACGCCGCCUAGCUCUCCCCUCACUACCGCUGACGACCGCGAACGACCGUCUCGGGAUCGACCGGGCGCAACAUGCCCGUACUGGUGCGUU